AUGUUCAAAAUUCUAUUCGUGUUGUGCGCGGCUUGGUUGGCUCUCAGCCAGGCACGUCCUAGCUACCUGCCCAGCUAUGAGACAAUUGAGUAUGCGCCCACUGUGCUGGUGCCCGCCGCCGUCUCCCAUCAGAGCUCGACGGUGGUGCACGAGAAGCGUCCCUACUUGCGUCCCAUCUACGAACAUCCACUUAAGACGUACCACCAUCCAACCACAUACACCUAUGCCAGCAGCCCGCUGAGCUACGGCAGCGACUGGUACGAGCCCGGCUGGAAUACAGCUGCGCUCAGCUAUCCCAGCAUCUACCUCAAGUAAAGCAUCUACCUCUGCGAUUUGUUCCUUAAUAAAUAAGCUGGUUUGAAGGAUUCAAA